AUGGCUGCCGAAAAGCUGGGAACCUAUGCCCACAAGCCCCGCGUCUUCAUCUUGUCAGAUAUCUCCAAUGAGGUUGAUGAUGCGCAGUCACUGGUCCGCUACCUUCUUUACGCCAACCAAUUCGAGACCAAGGGCCUUGUAGCAUGCACGAGCGCAUCAAUGAAGAAUGAAGUCCAUCCAGAAGUCAUGGAGAAGAUCAUCGAUGCCUACGCAAAUGCGGUCGACAAUCUCAACAAGCAUACUCACCCAGACCAUCUGUACCCAUCUGCAGAUCAUCUACGGAGCUUGAUCAGAUCAGGCGCCGAGAGCUACGGCAUGACCGCCGUCGGAACCGACAUUACUCUCUCCCCUGGAGCCCAACUCCUCUACUCUUGCAUCACAACCCCGUCUACCCAACCCCUCUGGAUUCUCUGCUGGGGCGGAACGAACACGCUUGCUUCUGCCCUCCUCAAAAUUGACGAUGACUUCGACCCGGACGACUCCAAACGUCUGCUCUCCCGGCUCCGCGUGUAUUCCAUCAGCGAUAAAGACGAUACUGGUGCUUGGAUACGCAACUCCUUUCCCGAUAUUUUCUACAUUGCCAGCAUCCACGGGUGGAACCAAUACGGUCUGGCUGCCUGGACCGGCAUCUCUGGGGAAAAACACUACGGCUUCGAUGUUGGGGGCCCUGAUGGGUCGAAAUGGGAAAAGGAUUGGUUAAAAGAGAACAUCCAAGUCGGUCCGCUGGGAACCAUGUAUCCAGAUCCCAUGCAUGUCGCAGAAGGAGACACACCAAGUCUCCUCCACCUAAUCCAAAACGGCCUCAGUAUACCCGAUCACCCAGAAUAUGGGUCCUGGGGCGGCAGGUAUGUACGUACUGAUCUUAGCACCGAGGGUCUAAACAGCAGUCAUUACUCCGAUGCCGCAGAUCGCGUGGUAGUGCAAGGAAGAACAUACACAUCCAACCACGCGACCAUCUGGCGCUGGCGCGAUGCCUUCCAGAACGACUUUGCGGCGCGUAUGAGAUGGACUACGGAGGCGGAGUUUGCAAACGCAAACCACCAUCCGGUUAUCACUGUCAAUGAUCUUUGCGGUCUUGCGCCCGUGAGGAUCGAGGCUGAGGCCGGGAGCACAAUCACACUGGAUACAAAGGGGACGUAUCAUCCCAAUGGCAGUGCAAUGACAUUCAAAUGGUGGCAUUAUCGAGAGCCGAGUGCUACACAGUGGUCAGUCGAGGCCGAGGUUGCGGAGGUGGGUAUUACGGCUGUGGAUAAGGGUUGCGAGGGGAAAAAGGUGCAAGUUAAGCUGCCGCCGGCUGAGCAUUGUGCAGUCGAGUUGCAGAGUAAGAAGCCGGUUGCUCAGGGGCAGUUGUUGCAUCUUAUACUUGAGGUGACAGGGGAAGGAGAGCUCAAUCUCACGAGCUAUAGAAGGGUGCUGAUACAGGUUACGAACAAGGAUUUGAGGGGUGGGGGGAUGGUAAAGGGGGAGUGUGAAGUAGUGAUGAAAGACGGCUGA